CUCUCCUUUUCCAAUCUCUGACUCGGGAUAGUAUUCUUCAGUCCGCCCAACCUCUUGGUUCCUUCUGUUUGUUUAUAAUUACCCCCUUGUUCCUGCCUCUACCGCUGGUCGAGUCGUAUACCUACAUCGGAUCUGAUACAAAUCGAUCCAUCUGCCUGCAGCUGUCACCGGCACCUUCCUCUAAAUACCCUCCUACCGACCUUACAUGUUACUUCUAGAGGGAUGACAGUGUUCACCCACUCGACCCCAGCGCCCUUUCCGGGCUUUGGGAGUGACCCGGUCGCUUCUUCGCCAGGUGUUGCUGCCUCACCCACGUCCGCCGCCGCUGCCACUGGAAGCUCGGGGUCAACGUCGAGAACAAGCCGACUGCGCGGGCUGAGUUACCUCCGGAAUUAUACCCAGACUCACAUCCUGUCGCGGGAUCACUCUUCGCACAACACGACGGCGCCCAACUCGCCUGUCAACGCCUCGGGACAUCACUCCGUGACCUUACACACCGACACCACCCACCAAUCCGCCGCCAACCCGCAAGUCUCCAACUCGUCAAGCGGCACGGUCAGCAGCACCACCUCUGCUGGCCCUGGUUCGGGCCCCGAAGCCCCCACAGCCACAGCACCAGCGUCCGGUGUAAAAGCUGCCGCUAACAACAACAAUAACACCGCCAUCCCCAGCGCAAACAACGGCCGCACCCAUCGCCAGAAUUCCUCCUCUCUCUCCGCCAUCCAUAUCCCCUUCAUUUCCCGCGGCCACAGCGACCCUGCGCGCCUGUCCGGACAUUCGCCUUCGCUCUCGACCAACGACGCGACCGUAAAUCCCAACCACUCGGCCUCUGUGCGGCCCAAUCGAACGCCCUUUUCUCUUCUUCCGCACCGUUCCCACUCCAUCUCCCUCACCGACGGCAUCGCUUCUGCGUCUCUGGAGUCGCCUACUACCACCACGCCGACGACAUCAGUACCUCGAGGGACAACCUCAGCCGGACCCUUAUCCCCUCAACUCUCGGAUGACAACGGCAUUCGGGUGGCUGCAGACACUUUCGAUAGCAACAGCUCCUCUUCGGAUAACAUUAAUAAUCACAAUAACGCGCCCAUCAUGACUAGGGCUCGAUCCGCGACUACAAGCGACGUUGCGAGCAGGGCUGAAACCGGUGGAAGCAUGGAGCCACUUCCUUCGAUACGUUUUAGCAUCUUCUACGAUCCUCGGGCAACACGCCCGUCGCUUACCUUCUCUCCGAUCUCACGCACUCUACCAACCGGAAAAGAAGUCAUUCGCGUCGGCAGAUAUUCCGAAAGAGAUAAACCUUCAGCGGUUCCGCAUAAUGUGCCCUCGGCAGCGCCCGUAGGAUUUAAAAGCAAGGUCGUUAGUAGGCGGCAUUGCGAGUUCUGGUAUGAAGACGGAAAGUGGUUCAUCAAAGACGUCAAAAGCAGUAGCGGAACCUUCCUCAACCAUAUACGCCUUAGUCCUCCAGGGACCGAAUCCAAGCCCUUCCCCGUCAAUGAUGGCGAUAUCGUACAGUUGGGAAUCGACUUCAAGGGAGGCGAGGAAAUGAUAUUCCGCUGUGUUAAAAUGAGGCUCGAGCUAAAUCGUGGCUGGCAGGCCAAACUCAACGCCUUCAAUAUGAACACGCACAAGAGGCUUAGAAACAUGACAGCCCAAAGUUCUGCGAAUGGCGCUUCCCAGUCAUAUUCGCAAGACUGCUCGAUCUGUCUUAAUAGUAUAGGGCCCUGCCAGUCUCUGUUUGUUGCCCCCUGCUCGCAUACAUGGCACUACAAGUGCAUCCGAUCAUUAUUGUCAUCGCCAUCUUAUCCUCAAUUUAUAUGCCCGAACUGCCGUGCCGCUGCCGAUCUUGAGGCUGAAGUUGACGACCCGGAGGAUUGGGAGGCACUGGAGGCGGAUGAACAGAUGGAAGACGCCGUAUACGUUCAGGAUGGAAGUCAAGCCAGCUCCAACGACGCUCAAGCUCGACCGGUAGCGGCCACGCCGAUUCACCAGCACGAAACAGACGCUAGCGGCGACGUAACGAUGCUGUAUUCGAACCCGCAACAGCCCGCCGUAUCUAAUCCCUUCGACGGGACUAGCCGCCCCGUGGUCUCGCAUAACUCAACGUCGCAGCCAGUGCCCAUUCGGCAGAGCCCAGCUGCAGUCAACGGUCAAGCAGAUGAAAUUCGUCGAGAUGCCGCCAGGACUCCGUCGCCCACUGGAAUCGCCCACGUUGUCAGCACUCACGAGGGUCCGAUCACACCACGUAACGACGUUGGGCCUUGGGUCUUUGAUGGCGGCAGCACCACACGUACGCGAGCCAACGGAGAACCCGACAGUGCUUCGAGACUAGCCAGUCUCGAAGCCGCAGUAGCAGGUGCUCACAUCACUGGGGCUCCUGGGAGUACAUAGCCUCUGUUCCUGUCCCCAGUGAUUCUAGUGUACAUCAGCCCCCUUUUGCAUGGGCUAGUACGGUCUAUUACGGGCUACAGUCUACGAUCAACUCAUCAGCUAUCCAGCACCUGAACCACGACGGGCCCCUUUUUGCAUGGGCUAGUACGGUGGUCUAAGGUCUGCGGUCUACAAUCAACUCAGCUAUCCACCAGGUUACCCACGGUGACACUCUGGUUAGCGUUUACU